AUGGAGUACAGGCAAAAGUCGGCGCGGCUCCCAAAGUCAGCCGAAGAGAAGUCACGGUGGCGGCGUGUCAUCGUCGUUCUCGAACACUGCCCCCUCGCCGUCGUGCGCACGGAGUACGGCUUCGAGCUGCUGUCCGAGAAGCACCGGCAGUAUCACGCACGCAACAAGCAAGACCCUGCUGAGUGGCGACCAGACGUGGUGCAUCAGGCUCUCCUGCACCUUAUGGACUCCCCGCUGAACCGUGCCGGUCUCUUGCAAGUAUUCCUGCGGACAAAAAAAGGCGUUGUCAUUGCCGUCGAUCCACGCCUGCGUGUGCCACGACAUAUUCGGUUGUUUGAAAAGAUGAUGGUGGCGUGUCUGUACAAGAUGAAGGUGCGGGCGGCACAUGGGCAUAUUUCGCUGCUGCGUGUGGUGAGGAACCCUGUCACAGACCACAUACCGCCCAACUGCACGUUGUUUCGCGUGGAGCGGGACGGAGACAGUGUCCCUGAUCUCUACGCCUUCUGCGCCACAUGCGGUGUUGCCGACGGGGAACGCACAAAGAAGCGUAAAGUGGAGACAUUUGCUGCAGGUGAGGCCGCGCCAUCCCAUUUUGCGCAGCACCACAGUGAGGCCGCCCAAGGCACGGAAGUUUUUAUCCGUUGCGUUCA